AAAUAAUGUUACUAUUUUAAAAUUUUGCUAAAUUGACUAAAAUUUUCAUUGAAAUUAUUCACUUCAGACUACAAAAUUCAAGUAUUAGUAUUUUUGGGGGGAAACGGGUAACAUUUCUUCCAAAAUUUUCUUCUUAUCCUGCUUAAUCCUGGACACAUGGACGGUCUUAUUUUUAGAAUUUUAAAAUAGUGGCAAUACGACAAAAAUAGCGUCGAAACGUCUAAAAUAAGGGCAAAAAAAAUUGUGUAAAAUACACAAAUUUUGUUAAAUUCUCGAUAUUUUUGCUUAAAAAAAUACCCAAUGAUUCACGUGGAGCCAGCCGUAUGUACCAUUAUCUGUAAUCUUUUUGUAUAAACCGCUGUCAAUCGACGUCGACAGCAACAGAAACAGCAACAACUAGGACAAAGUCAAUCUAUUGAAGCGGCGCAGCUUGCACAACAAUAAGAACAAAAGUGUGAGAAGAGUACAAAAGGGUGUGGAAAUGGCUGAGAUGGUUGUGGAGGAUCGCUCCACAGAGCCCAAACGUUUCUUCUGCCACAUGUGCAAUGUGGAGAUCAACAUUCCAAAUGCCGAUUUCACAUGCCCUCUGUGCUCCAAUGGCUUCGUGGAGGAGCUGUCGGCAAAUGCCGCUACACCCGCUGCAUCGGCUCCAUCCGGAGAAGUUGCGUCGACCAGCAGCAGCAGCAGUUCGGGAUCGGGUGCUUCAUUGUCAUCGCAGUCAAACGUGGAAUCUUUGAGGAAUGAUAUUGUUUCAUUAUUAAACAUGAGAAAUGUCCCCAACUUGGAGAUAACUAUUGAACCAAAUCGUCGGCAUGGUAACGUUUUGCAUUUGGGAGGCUUCGGUGGACCGUCGGGUAGCAAUAGCCAAACUGGUGGCCUCACAGCUGGUGGACGAGUGCUUCCGGCGAAUAUGGAUCGAUUGGACAAUGUUUUGUUUGAUUUUCUGCAAAGUUUGCCUUUGGCUGGCGCUACCGCGGAGAUUGUGACGGGACCCGGUGGCGGCAGCGGCGGCAAUUCCCAUAUGUUCUUUAUGGGUAAUCCGGGUGACUAUGCCUGGGGUCGCGAAGGCCUUGAUACGAUUGUGACGCAAAUGCUCAAUCAAAUGGAGACAUCGGGACCGCCGCCACUUUCCGCUCAACGCAUUCAGGAAAUACCCAAUGUCCAAAUAAGUCGCGACGAAGUUGACAAGAAAAUGCAGUGCUCCAUCUGUUGGGAUGACUUUAAACUAGACGAAACUGUCCGAAAAUUGCCCUGCUCGCAUCUAUAUCAUGAGAAUUGUAUAGUGCCAUGGUUAAAUUUGCACAGCACUUGCCCCAUUUGCCGGAAAUCUUUGGCCAACGCAGACGGCAGUGAUGGCAGCGGCAGCAACGAUGAAAAUGAAGAAGAUAACUAUUACAUGGAUGGGGGCAGCGGAAGUGGCAGCAAUUCGACAACGGCAACUGACACUACUGCCAACAAUACCAGCAGUUCACAUCAGAGUCCAGCUAAUCCCGCCCAGCAACAGCAGCAGCAGUCAUCGUCGCGAAAUAAUGUUUUCACCUUUGAUGAUGACAAUAUGUUUCUCGACUAGGAGUGCGGUAAAACGAUAUUUUCCCCUAAAUACACAACAUGUGCGGAAUAUAUAAAUAUAUAUAUGCGCAUAUCUAUAAUAGUUUCUCUCACGCUUAAUUUUGUUAAUGUUUCAAACAAUAUACAUAUAAUAAUAAUAACGACGAUAAAUCUGACGAAAUCCCGUGAAAAAAAGUUACGAGGUUUUUUACAUACAUAAAAUUGUAUUUCUUAUAUUAGAUAUUCAUAGAAACAAUAUAUAUAUAUAUAUAUAUACAAUUUAUUUAUAUGCGCUGAGUGUACAUAGGUACUACAUAUAGUAAAGCUCUAACCCUUUGAAAAUCGGUCAAAAAUAAAUUCAACAAUUAUAUAUAAUAUGACUUAAGUACAACGUGUAAUGCUGUUGUCUGUGGCAUAAUUUAAGACCACAAGAAUUCUUUAAAUAAACGAAUUGUAACGA